AAGGACAUCAACAAGUCCAGCUCAUUGGAGACGGAUUGGAAGAACCUUCGAGGAUAUUACCAGAAGAUAACCAAGACCAAAAUUAAUGAUGAGGAUGGCUCAGAAGUGAGGAGGAAGUUCUAUCUAUGGCUCCAGCGUAUCCAAGUGUGCCUGUUCAAUCUCCUUGGUAUGUUCACUGUUCAUCGGGGAAACGCGCUG